AUGCACUGGCCAACCAGCGAGUUGGCGUGUGCUAUUGAGUACCGAUUGCUAGAGGCUGAAGCUGCAAAAGGCUAUAAGCAUGGACUGAUAGCGCGUGUGAAUGUUCCUAGUGAGUACGUAUCACCGCUCGUGGAUCGUGCGUUUGCACUGCAUCCUGCCUUGUACACGGUGGUCUCGGACGAUGGAAUUGGCUACGAGGAGCUCCCGGAUUUAAUCUGGGAUGAGUAUGAAAAUCUCGACUGGAAAAACAUCCUCGCUGGAAAACUCGUGGCCAAUGCGUACUGUGUGCGUAAGGGGCUGUCACGCAAGGCACAGCUGUCCAUUUAUUUAUCCAAGUACAUGCUCAAACAUCCAGAUUGCAUGUUGAGCUAUGCACUACCUCGCACCCUUGUAGUCGACACAUGGGAAGCAUAUGAUGAGAGCAUGGCACACUUUGGCAUCUCAUUCCGUCAGCGUUUGGACUCAUGUCUGUGGGAAGUUAAACAGACGCUUGAAACGAAGAAAAAUUGGAUCAUGAAACCCAGUGCAACGAACAAGGGCGCGGAAGUCAACGUGGUCAAGGACUUUGAGAAGCUGCGAAGCAUCGUUAACGAGUGGACUGACAUCCGUGAAUGGGUCGUGCAGGAGUACAUCGAACGACCGCUGCUACUGCGUGGCCGCAAGUUUCACAUCCGCGUUUACGUGCUUGCGGUUGGUGGUCUCAAGGUGUUUGUGUACCAACACUGCCUCGUGCUUUGUGCCCUCGAGCAGUACCACCCAGAGGAUACGGACAACAACUACUCGCACAUCACCAACACUUUUCAGCAGCAGAGUCACCCGAACUUCGUUGAGAGCGAGUGUGUGCUAUUACUGGACGACAUCGAAGACAUUUUGGCAGAACAAGGUAUCCUUGAUGCUGCAGACAAGAAGGCCAAGAUUUUGAAAGACAUAGGCCGCAUCACUGCUGACGCGUUUGAUGCAUACAAGGGUGAGUUCUCAGUUUUCCAGCCAUUACCCAACUGCUUCGAGAUCUACGGCGUGGACUUCAUGAUCGACGAGGACUUCAAUGUAUGGCUUCUGGAAUUUAACCCCGGUCCGGACUUUAAGCAAACAGGUGAUCGCUUGCAUUUUGUUAUCCGUGACCUGAUGGCAGAUUCGCUUCGUGUAAUCACCAACGAGUUCUUUGCGGAGAGUAAAGAUUUGCUGGCAAAGGACGCCGAUAUUGGUGCCUUUGAGAAAGUGUACGACCAGCAAUGGGGAGCUCUUUCCAAGGGUUCGUCCAUGAAGUUCGUGGAGUAA